UUUUACCAAAGCAUGUUAUCAUCAAAGAAAUUAAGAAUAGAUACAUGCCUGCAUCUUGUUUGUGAAAUUGCCACAAUGAAGAUUAUCUUGCAUAUGUUACUAUUCUUUCUUGUUUUAGUCAAAAGUGAUGGCCAAAUCACGGAACAGCCCUUAUCCAAGAUUGCAAUUCACAGUGCCGUGCCUGCUUUCCAUGAUGGGGCCUCCAUUAAAGCUUACCCGACUCUUCUUGGCUUGAAGGGUGAGGAUGCUGAAUGGGUGACUGUGGAGCUUCAGCACUCCAAACCAUCCGAUGAUGAUUGGAUAGGAGUAUUUUCCCCUGCUAAGUUUAAUGCAUCAACUUGCUACUUCGAAAACGAUUCUAAGGAACAGGCACCAUACAUAUGCUCUGCUCCAAUAAAGUACUCGUUUGCAAAUUACUCGAAUUCAGGAUAUGCAAAAACAGGCAAAACUACGUUAAAGUUCCUGAUAAUCAAUCAGCGAGCUGAUUUCUCCUUUGCCUUGUUUUCAGGUGGAUUAUCAGAUCCAAAAUUGGUGGCAUAUUCUAACUUCAUAUCAUUUGCGAAUCCAAAAGCACCCCUUUAUCCACGUCUCGCUCUAGGAAAGUCUUGGGAUGAAAUGACCGUGACCUGGACAAGUGGCUACAACAUAAAUGAAGCAACUCCUUUUGUCAUGUGGGGAGUGAAGGGUGAACGUCCAAUGCACUCUCCUGCAGGAACACUAACGUUCCAUCGAAAUAGCAUGUGUGGCUCACCAGCAAGAACAGUUGGCUGGCGCAAUCCUGGUUUCAUACAUACAAGUUUCUUAAGGAAUUUGUGGCCGAAUACCAAGUAUACCUACAAGAUGGCACAUAGAUUAUCUAAUGGUACCUACAUUUGGAGUAAGAAGAUGUAUUCAUUUGUGUCGCCCCCUUUCCCAGGACAGGAGUCAUUACAACGUGUUGUUAUAUUCGGUGACAUGGGAAAGGCGGAACGUGAUGGCUCCAACGAGUACAAUAACUAUCAACCUGGUUCUCUUAAUACCACCGACCAGCUCAUCAACGACAUUGAUAACAUAGAUGCUGUGUUCCACAUAGGAGAUUUGGUGUAUUCAAAUGGGUACAUUUCACAAUGGGACCAAUUCACAUCACAAGUGGAACCCAUUGCAUCGGUUGUGCCUUAUAUGGUUGCAAGUGGUAAUCAUGAACGUGACGCGCCUGGAAGCGGAUCUUUUUAUGAUGGUAACGAUUCAGGUGGGGAAUGUGGUGUCCCAGCCGAGACCACGUUCUAUGUCCCUGCGGAGAACAGAGCUAAGUUCUGGUAUUCAACGGAUUAUGGCAUGUUUCAUUUCUGCAUAGCGGACACUGAGCAUGACUGGAGGGAAGGCACCGAACAGUACAAGUUCAUCGAGCAAUGUUUUGCAUCAGUAGACAGGAAGAAACAACCGUGGCUCAUCUUUGCUGGUCACCGUGUACUUGGUUACUCUUCCGACAAAUAUUAUGCAGCUGAGGGCUCGUUUGAUGAGCCCAUGGGACGAGCUCAUUUGCAGAAGCUUUGGCAAAAAUAUAAGGUGGACAUUGCAUUUUACGGUCAUGUCCAUAACUAUGAACGAUCUUGCCCAAUUUAUGAGAAUCACUGUGUGAACCCGGAGAAGUCUCAUUAUUCUGGCACCGUGAACGGCACAAUCCACGUUGUCGUGGGUGGAGCGGGUGCCCAUCUAUCGGAAUUCGCUCAGAUUAAUACUACUUGGAGUGUUUAUAAGGAUUAUGAUCAUGGGUUUGUGAAAAUGACUGCAUUUAAUCACUCGUCGCUCCUAUUCGAGUACAAGAAGAGCAAGGACGGGAAAGUGUACGAUUCGUUCACCAUCUCGAGAGACUACAGAGAUGUGUUGGCUUGUGUACAUGAUGGUUGUGAGCCUACAACUUUGGCGUCUUAGAUGUUUAGUUAAACAUUGAUUCCUCUGUGCAUCCGAUUGAAGCAAACAUUUUCUAUUGUCUUAGGGACCGAAGCCAAAAUAAUAAGAAAAUGUUUCGCUCCCUAACACGGGAAUAUUUA